AUGAAUAGUAGGAACUUAAGUAAGGACGGUGAAACGUGUAUCCACGGAACAUGUUUAGAUAUGUGCCCACCGGAGGAAAUGAACUUGAGAAUAAGGGAGAAAUUAGUUCAUAUAUUAGAAGUUACAACGGAAGGUUACAAAUUAGUUAAAUGCUAUAGUCGUUCAGCCGCAGAUUCGAAUAUGGCCAUACCCAGCAAUCUUCGACCCUUCCCUACCCUUAUGACAACAACACAAUAUUUGUUAUUAAAUGUUUCAAAAAGGAAAGAUGUCAAAAUGUCGGUUAUAUAUAAUUUCUUGGAUGACCGUCUCAGAUCGGUGAGACAGGAUAUGACUAUACAGAGGUUGCAUCCAAAGGAGUGUGUCAAACUUCUAGAACCCAUGAUUAGGUUCUAUAACUACUAUGGUUACAGAUUGUGCGAAUAUCCCUUAAAAGAAUAUGAUCCUGUACUUAAUAAGAAGUAUUUACUUGAAUGUAUAAAAUGGUUCCUUACCUGCUGUGAUACUUUGGAAGAAACAAAUAUAGAAUGUAUGACAGAUAUUUUAAAGGAUUUAUAUCUUAGUAAAGACAAUAUAUUGUCAUGUGAUAGACCUUUAGUUGAAAGUCUUUAUGUGCUGUGCAACUUGUCUGAUAUACACCCACUAUAUCGUUAUUUGUCUCUACCGAAUCAUUUAAAAAGAUCAAAACUAAAAUUGGCUUAUGAAAUAGCCGUGGCUAAUAAGCUCGGGAAUUAUGUGAGAGUUUGGAGAUUGGCUGAGCAACUGUGUCCACUCACAUUUGCAGCUCUAUGUUUAUAUCUCCCAACAAUGCAAAAACGAGGUCUACAAGUUAUCAGUACUGCAUAUAACAGUAAGCAGCUGAAAGUUCCCACCAAAGUUAUUCAACAAUGGCUCGGGUUCACCUCGGAAGAUGAAGUCAGGGUUAUGUGUGAUUACUAUGGACAGAUGGCCACUGAUGUUGUGUGCUUCAAUAAAGCUCUAUUCAGAUCUGUUGCUGAGGUGCCACAACCCAAACAACAUUACAUGGCGAGGAUCUCACGAUUGGAAUUAGAAGACAUAAUGUUCUACACAAUAUAA